GGAGGAGUGUGGUUGUGGAGGUAGAGAAACAAGUUACAAAAGCGAUUACAAGAGCUAGUGAUGGAAAGCUAUUUGGACGAGAACUUCUCAGGAGUGAAGCCAAAGCAUUCGUCGGAUGUCAAGAACCCCAAGCGAAGGUUCCGCUUCAGUGCCAACCUCUCCAAGCGUGUCGAGCCGGCUGCUAUGCGCCGCACCAUUCAGGAGAAAUUGAGAAUUGCGGUAUUGGUUUCCAAAGCAGCAUUUCUAUUUAUCCAAGGUGUACCUGUCAGCGACUAUGUUGUACCUGAGGAAAUCAAAGCUGCAGGUUUUCAGAUUUGUGCUGAUGAAUUGGGAUCCAUUGUUGAAGGCCAUGAUCAAAGAGAUCCACCACAACGUCGCGCCCGUGCCAGGACCCCAAUUGAAUUACAGCUAUUUCCUGAGCGUCCCAGUAAGAUGGCUAGGCAGGAAGAAGCUCCACCUGCAUCAAGUCCCCCGCAGGCCAAUAUCAUUUCUCCAAUUCAAGGAAACGACGCACAGAACAGCUCAAGUUUCAGGCAAGUUAGAAAUGGUUUAUAUGAUCCAAGCUAUGACGCGAUUGGUCUUCCUAUUGACCCCCACCUCCGGUUGUUCGCUCUACAGAAAAAGAAUCGUAAAAGUUAAGUUUUGAGGCAUGCGGAGCGGACUUGGCCGGAUAGAGGAAUGUUGUAGUUCGACUUGUUCUAUAUUUUCUGUCCUACCAGCUGAUCCUAAGAAAUAUUGUUAAGACUUUUGCAUGCAUAUCCAAUGGUAUCACUUGGACUUUUCAUU